UGCAGCCCUCCUGCAUCUCUGCAGCACGCAAACCGUCCGUCUAGAGGGUCCUCCUGACGACGACACGUUCGCGCUUCAAACACCGUCUUUGUCUGCGUGAAACACCCUCUCGCCUACGUCACAAUGGCCUCAGGCGAGAAACCCAUCACCUUUGGGGCGACCAUUGAGCGCCCAACCAGCCUUUUAGCUCUCGACCCUCCUCUCCGCUCCCCGCCCUCCAACGACUCCACCAUGUCGUCCGCAACAGCAGAGGCCGCCAAGAAGGAGUGGGCUCUCGACCCAUCCAACCCCUACUCGGCCUUCUACAAGCACCCCGAAGCUCGCCGCUCCAUGGACGGCGCCAGCGCCCCCCAGAGCAAGACACACCUCAACGUCACCACCUACGAACCUCGCGAUCUCGAAGCCGGCGUCCCCCUGUCGGCAGCCACCACACAACAGCCCAAAACCUCCGUCGAUGGUCGCGUCAAGGAGUGCACCAUGUGGCCCUCAAGACAGGCCGUCUUGGACAAGCGGAAGACGGCCGUCCGGACCCGUGGCUGCGCUUUCUUCCGGAACUUGACCAGCAAGCAGAGACUGUGGGCUAAGAUCAUCAUCGCUCUCCUCGUCGUGGCUGCUGCGGUAGGUCUCGGCGUGGGCAUCUCGAGAGCUGUUGGCGGCGGUGUCUGGGCUGGCCAGGGCAGGAACAAGGAGAUUCCACAUAACUGAGCUUGGGCUGCUUGACAACAGUACACACCCUCUCUCUCUCCCGCAAACACGCCACUUUGACAAACUUUGCUUCAACAACAUCAUUUCUUGAUAUCCAUUGCCGACUUCACUGUCCAUUGUUUUUCCGGUCAUGUCCAUACCACUCCCGCCUUCCUCUGUUUCCUUGGUUUCGGCGUCCAUCUGCUUUGCGUCGAUGCAACAAUCACAUGGGUUUAGGCGUACACAAUGGGCGACUUUUUUCAAUUUGCAUUCUGUACAUGCAUUCGGAGCGACGGAGCAUAAUGGGUUCAAUACACGUUUACUUUUUGGGAAUGGGGUUACAUUUGUAGACAUGGGAAGAAGAAAUCCU